AUGCUGGUGGACGGGACGGAUGCACGAGCUCCAGGAAUUGCAGCGAGGAGGGUAAAUGGGACAGGGGCAAGAGGUGCAUCGUCGCCGAGACCGGGAUUGCUCCGAGCAAAGACGGAUUUUGGACCAAGAGGAAGUGUACCUGCGAGAGAUGACGAGGUGGAAAGCAAAGCGAGCACCGAAGUCGAAUGGGGGAUCCGACACGGAUUCGAUACGCAGCUGAACUCGGAGGAGUAUAACAAUGUGUUGAAUUCGAACUUCUUCAUGUACUUCACCGACAAGCGCCAUGAGACCGGAGGCAAUCCGCGUGAGGAAACAUUCCGACUGGCAGAAUGGCGAAUGCGCGAUCGAUUGAAGACCAUUUCAGCGGUUAUCCUUCUGUGCCUGAACAUUGGCGUGGAUCCUCCAGAUGCGUUCAAGACGAAUCCCUGCGCCAAGCUUGAGUGCUGGAUUGAUCCUACCGGCUCCACAGGAACCUCUGGACAAACAGCGAUGAAUACAAUUGGGAAGCAGCUACAGUGGCAAUACGAGCAAUUGAGCAUGCGGACACGAUUCAAGCUCUGCCUAGACCCGACAGUGGACGAGACCAAGAAGUUUUCUCAGCAGAUCCGGCGUAACGCAAGGCAAGAGAGAAUUCUACUUCACUACAAUGGACAUGGCGUUCCCAAGCCUACACCAUCCGGGGAGAUCUGGGUGUUCAACCGCAACUACACACAGUACAUCCCUAUCUCACUUUUCGACUUGCAGGCCUGGCUUGGCGCUCCGAGCAUCUUCGUAUAUGACUGCUCAGAGGCUGGUUUGAUCAUAAACAAUUUCAACAAGUUCGCAGAGAAGCACAUUCAAGAGAUUGCCGAAAACCGCGAACGAGAUCCGCACGUCGAGUACAUGGACUUCUCCGACUGCAUUCAACUUGCUGCGUGUCGAGAGAAGGAAACCCUCCCUACCAACCCUGAAUUGCCUGCCGACAUCUUCACCUCCUGUCUUACCACCCCUAUCGACAUGGCGGUCCGCUUUUUUGUUCUACACAACCCUCUCCCUCAGGGUCUCUCAGUCGAGGAUGCUGCGCGUAUACCAGGAAAGGUCAGUGAGAGGCGAACUCCAAUCGGCGAACUCAACUGGAUCUUUACCGCCAUCACCGACACGAUUGCCUGGAACUCGCUUGAGACUCCGGUCUUCAAGAAACUGUUCCGUCAGGACCUGAUGGUCGCGGCCCUCUUCCGAAACUUCCUGCUCGCUCAACGCAUCAUGCAAACCUAUCACUGUCAUCCACAAUGCUAUCCCGAAAUACCAGACACACAUAAUGAUCCGUUGUGGCACUCUUGGGACUUGGCCCUUGAGAACAUUAUGGCACAAAUGCCAGAUCUCAUGGCUGCACAGCGGGAGGAGAAAGAAUACGAAUACCACCCAUCGGAUUUCUUCGCUGAACAGUUGAGUGCCUUCGAAGUAUACUUGAACCAAGGUGCCGUUGACAAGAAAUGUCCCGAGCAGUUGCCGAUCGUGCUGCAAGUCUUGUUGAGCCAAAGUCAUCGGCUACGGGCCCUCAUUUUGCUGAGCAAGUUCCUCGAUUUGGGGCCUUGGGCGGUGAAUUUGGCGUUGAGCAUUGGCAUCUUUCCAUACGUGCUGAAAUUGCUGCAAUCCCAAGCACCAGAGUUAAAACCAGUGAUGGUGUUCAUUUGGGCGCGGAUUUUGGCGGUGGACCAGAACUGCCAGUCGGAUCUGGUCAAAGAUAACGGAUACCGUUAUUUUACACAGAUCCUCCGACCGGAUAUGGCCUUUCCGACCAACAAUGCCAGCGAGCACCGCGCCAUGUGCGCCUUCAUCGUGGCCAUAUUCUGUAAAGACUUUCACCAAGGCCAAGUCGUCUCCCUCAGCCAAGAACUCAUCGAAAUCUGCCUCAACCACAUGUCCGAUCUCGAGAACCCGCUUCUCCGCCAAUGGGCCUGUCUUUGCCUCAGCAUGCUAUGGGUCGACUACUCCGACGCCAAAUGGGCAGGCAUUCGGUGCGGCGCUCAUCAACGACUCUGUGAGCUCGUCGUUGACCCUGUCGCCGAAGUGCGAUCCGCUAUGUUGCAUGCACUAACGACGUUCCUGGGCAUCACGGACCUAACGCAGCAGGUAGCCCAGAUUGAAGAGAGCAUUGCAAGCAUGGUCUUGGUCAUGGCGGCCGACGGCAAUAGUAUGGUCAGGAAGGAGCUUAUAGUGUUCUUCUCAACAUUCGUUGCAAGGUAUCAGAGUCGGUUCUUGGUGGCUGCGUACGAACAAAUGUUGUCAGAGCAGGCAUCUUUUGCGAACGGCACAAUAGGUAAGCGCAAGGGGAAACAAAACGGCGAGGAGCCUCCCCAAAGCAGCUCGGUGGCGGACAAUACGGUGUUCGCAGCUGUAUGGAAGGAGGUGCUGAUACUCUCUGUCGACCCACACCCUGAGGUCUCACAGAAUGCUUGUGUGAUCGUGGACUAUAUCCUAGCUGCACUGUUGGAAUCGCCACUGGAACCGUUCGUUUCGGAUGCAAUCCAGUCAAUCCUGGGGCGCAGUCGAUCAAAGGACCCGCAAGCAAAGUUCUUUGGCGAAGUCUCCAAAGCACCGGCAUCGGCUCCUGGAACCCUUACGCCAUCAACACCGACGAAGCAGGAUAGCUAUAUCACGCUUGGUCUGAAGCGGACAGCUAGCAUUGCCGCUUCGUUGAGGAACCUUGCGGUUGGUGGAUAUAGCUCUGGGAACGAGCAAACCCCUUUGCCAAAGACGCCUUCCAAGCCCUUUAAUUCUGAACGAACAACUCCGCGAGGCAAAUUGCCCAACGAAUGGCGUGCUCUCGAUGGCCUUCAACACCAGCCAUCUCCUUCUGCCCAAGGUCGGUCUCCCAUGUCUCCGCCUCCGAAGCGUUUCUCGGUUCGAAGGAAUGAGGCCCCUCAGAUCCCACUGAAGAGCAACUUCUUCGACUGGUGCGUUGAAUACUUCCGUGAGCCGCAGAUGAAGCCCUCCGAAGCCGACGAGCCAGGCUCCACCGAUUACAACGAGCGCCUCUGGCGCCGUACCCGGAAUGACCGCAUCAUCGAAAAAACCCAAAUCCUUAAGGAAGAGGCCAGCUCGAACCGUUGGGAUCGACCCAAAGGGUUCUGGAACAAUGCAACGCAACCCAUCAAGAUGUGCUUCCAUCAAUUCGAAGACCAACUCAUCGUGGCCGAUGCCAAGUCUGGCAUCAGCGUCUGGGACUGGAAGAAAUCCGUCGUCCUCUCCCGCUUCAACAACGGCAACCCGCUCGGAAGCAAAAUCACCGAGCUGCGCUUGAUUAACGAAGACGACCAUGCCCUCCUCAUGACCGGCUCCUCCGACGGCUCCCUCAAAGUGUUCCGCAACUACGAGACCUCCUCGUCCACCGAGCUCGUCACCGCCUUCCGCGCCCUCACCGACCUCGUCCCCUCCAACAAGAAUGCCGGCCUCGUCUUCGACUGGCAGCAGUCGCGCGGCCAAGUUCUCGUCGCCGGCGACGUCAAAGUUAUUCGUGUCUGGAACGCCGGCACGGAGAUCUGCACGGCGGAUAUCCCUGCACGGUCGGGAUCGUGCAUCACCAGCCUCACUUCCGACCAGGUGGAAGGCCACAUGUUCGUGGCGGCGUUCGGCGACGGGGCGGUGCGCGUGUAUGACCAGCGGUUGCGGCCUGCGACGGCGAUGGUGCGGGUGUGGAAGGAACAUAAGCAGUGGAUCAGCGGGGUGCAUUUGCAGAGGGGUGGGCAACGGGAGUUGGUAUCGGCAUGUAGGGAUGGGGAGGUCAAGUUGUGGGAUAUGCGGUGGGAUCGGAGCAUUAAGACGGUGCGGGCGGCCGGGAUGGCGAAUAUGGGUUUGUCGACGGCGGGUGCGACAGGUGCAGGAGGUACGGUGGCAGCGUAUCGACCGGAGGGGAUCAAGUGUCUCACCGUGCAUGAGCAUGCUCCGGUAUUUGCUGUUGGCACCACUCGCCAUCAAGUCAACCUCUUCAACACGCAAACUCUCACCCCGCUCUCCUCGUUCGAGCCGUAUUCCUCCUUCUUGGGCCACCGCGCAACGCCCGUCGCGACGAUCGCCUUCCAUCCGCAUCGCAUGAUGAUCGCGGGGGCGGCCGAAGGCGACCAUCACAUUAAUGUGUAUGCAUGUGGUGGGAAGAAGCCGGCGAAAGGAGUUGUUGCCGACGAUAUUUAG